UCCAUGUCGUACCCGUAAGGUCAAACCUCUGAUUCAGGAAUUUCCUGACAGAUUCGUGGUGUCACUAUUAGUGCAUCGUCCCUGUCCAACGAAUUCAACAACUUCGAACAAUAUGACGGAGCCACGUUGUUCUGCAAAUGAAGACUUCAGUGUCACUCAUACGAUGUGUUAAUAUGAGGCCAGCCCAUGUUUAUCUCAUCACAGUCUGCAGUCGGGGCAGGUCUGGAGGACCGCAGUGCCUCCAGUCGCUCACAGUCGCUCACAGUGCUACAGUCAGUUGUCGCUCCUCGACGCUGCAGACAACACCACCUGCCUCACUGUCACACUGACAUAGUAAUCACUGAAGCUAAACUUAAGAUCCAGAUGGACAUGCGGAAACCAUAACAGACAGGGCGUUAAAGAUACAAAGACAUUUCUAUAAACCUACCGGCAACAGCUGGGACAAUCUCUCUCUGUCAUUGGCUUACGACUCCCCGAUAACGUUAGAGGCUGACGUUUCACAACCGAGUCCGAGGUCUGAGGGCCUCGGUGGUGAAAUCUUUGUAUUAGAGGAUUAAUUUUCAUCCCAAUAAGUGAGAUUGAGUUGCACAGAGAUGGCAGACAGUGCAGGGCUACAGUUUGUGAGCGCCUAUGCUUUUGAAGCCAUGCAAAAGGUGGAUGUGGUGCGCCUGGCUGCUCUAAGUGACCCAGAGCUCAGGUUGCUGCUGCCCUGCCUGGUGAGGAUGGCUCUGUGUGCCCCAGCUGACCAGAGCCAAUCCUGGGCACAGGACAAGAAGCUUAUCCUCCGCCUGCUUUCUGGAGUGGAAGCUGUCAACUCCAUUGUAGCGCUUUUGUCUGUGGACUUUCACGCCUUGGAGCAGGAUGCACGGAAGGAGCAGCAGCUAAGGCACAAGGCAGGUGGCUCUAAUGGAGAAAGCAUCCUGGUGUCACAGCUACAGCAUGGUUUGACCCUGGAGUUUGAGCACAGUGAUCCCCUCAGGAGACUCCGUCUGACGCUCAGUGAACUGUUGGCCAUCAUGAAUAAGGUGGUAGACUCAAACGGAGAGUUUUUCUUAAAGUCCUCUGAACUGUUUGAAAGCCCUGUUUACUUGGAAGAGGUUGCUGAUGUCCUUUGCAUUUUACAAGCAGAGCUGCCUUCCUUGCUGCCCAUUGUGGAUGUGGCAGAGGCUUUGCUUCAUGUCCGCAAUGGAGACUGGUUUUUGUGUUUGCUGGUUGCCAAUGUCCCGGAUAGCUUCAGUGAAGUCUGUAGAGGAUUGAUCAAGAAUGGAGAGCGUCAAGAUGAGGAGAGCGUGGGUGGUCGACGAAGGACUGAAGCCCUCAGGCAGCUCUGUCAGAUGAACCCUUCACAGGCCCUCAACAUCAGAGCCAUGGUGGUGGAGGAGUGCCACCUGCCUGGCCUGGGUGUAGCGCUGACUCUGGACUAUAAACCAGACAGAGCAGAUGAGGCAGUCAGUCCCCUAGUCUCCUAUGUUAGCGGCCUGCUAUUGGGUACCAAUAGCAAAGUCCGUACCUGGUUCAGCAUGUUCAUUCGCAAUGGCCAACAGCGAAAGAGAGAAAGCAGCUCAGUGCUGUGGCAGAUGCGCAGACAGCUGUUGCUGGAGCUGGUCGCCAUCCUGCCACGUUCACGCAGCACUCACGUGCCCAAUGACGGCGAUAUGGAAGAGGAGGGUGGCUCUGGGUACUCCGGCCUCAGGGAGGAGCAUGUGGUGAAGGCCAGCGCUCUGCUGCGACUGUACUGUGCUCUCAUGGGCAUCGCAGGCCUCAGACCUACAGAUGAAGAAGCUGAGCAACUCUUGCAGCUGAUGACCAGUCGGCCGCCAGCCACUCCUGCCGGCGUUCGCUUUGUCUCUCUGUCCUUCUGCAAGCUGCUGGCCUUCCCUACUCUGGUCAGCACUCCAGAGCAAGAACAGCUGAUGGUCAUGUGGCUCAGCUGGAUGAUCAAAGAGGAGGAAUACUUUGAGAGUGCUGCAGGCGUAUCUGCUUCUUUUGGAGAGAUGCUAUUACUGGUUGCCAUGUAUUUCCAUAGCAACCAGCUCAGCUCCAUUAUUGAGUUGGUGUGCUCUACUUUGGGGAUGAAGAUUGCCAUCAAACCCAGCUCUCUAAGCAAGAUGAAGACCAUCUUCACACAGGAGAUCUUCACAGAACAGGUUGUUACAGCCCACGCUGUGAGGGUUGCAGUGACCAACAACUUAAGUGCCAACAUCACAGGUUUCCUCCCCAUCCACUGUAUCUACCAGCUGCUUCGGAGCCGAGCCUUCACCAAACACAAAGUAUCCAUAAAGGAUUGGAUCUAUCGCCAGCUCUGUGAGACAACCACCCCCAUCCACACCCAGCUGAUUCCCCUAAUUGAUGCCUACAUCAACUCCAUACUCACUCCAGCAUCCAAGGCCAACCCAGAGGCGACAAACCAGCCCAUCACUGAGCAGGAGAUCCUCAGUGUCUUCCAGAGCUCUGCUGGGCAAGGGGAGGGCAGUCGAGGAGGAGGAGGACGACAGCAGCGCUACUCCAUCACCACCCAGCUUCUGAUCCUCUACUACAUCCUGUCUUAUGAGGAGAACCUGUUGGCGAGCACCAAACACCUGGCCCUGAUGCAGAAGAAGCCAAAGUCCUACUCAGCGGCCUUGAUGGACCAGAUCCCCAUUAAGUACUUGGUUACUCAGGCCCAAGGACUACAACAGGAGUUGGGGGGUCUGCACUCUGCCCUGCUGAGGCUGCUGGCCACCAACUACCCCCACCUGUGUUUAGUGGAGGAUUGGAUGUGUGAGGAGGAGGUGACUGGUACUCUUCCCCUACUGAGGAGGAUGAUGCUUCCCAGCAACACCUGCAGAUACACUCAGAGCCAACUCCACCAGGCCUUCCAGAAGUUGCCAUCCAGCAGUCCCAGGCUGAUGCGGAUCCUGGAGCAUUUAACGCUACUCUCACCCGGAGACCUGAUCCCUUAUGCUGAGGCCCUCACAGCCAGCAUGGCUCUGCUGCUGGAGCCAGCUGUGCCUCGCCGAAUACUGCAGACCCUCAACAAGCUGUGGAUGGGUCUCAACACAGUGAUGCCCCGCAGGUUGUGGGUGAUGACAGUAAAUGCCCUGCAACCUUCAGCCAAGCUGCUCAGGCAGCAGAGGUACACUCAGAAUGACCUGAUGGUGGACCCUCUCAUUGUGCUGCGCUGUGAUCAAAGGGUGUACAGGUGUCCACCAUUGAUGGACAUUGUCCUUCACAUGCUCAAUGGCUACUUGCUGGCCUCAAAAGCCUACCUACACUGUCAUCUCAAGGAGACGGCAGACUUUGAUCGGCAGAGCCAGACAGUCUCAAACCUGGGUGUGCCUGGACAGCCAGACACACCCGAGGUCACCAGGGAGGAGCUGAAGAACGCUCUUCUAGCAGCACAGGACAGCGCUGCAGUCCAGAUCCUCCUUGAGGUGUGUCUGCCAACCUCCGAAGAGCAGCAGCUUGGGGCCAACACGGAGAGCUUGCUGAGUAGCAUUAGGGGCCCCUUGGCAGGAAAAUCAAAACACAGAAACCUGGGUCCGAGCGCCAGGGGGAACACAGAGGCCGCAGAGCCAGAAGGAGGCCUUCUCAGUGACUUGCGGGAGGUGCAAUGUCUCAUCUGUUGUCUGCUGCAUCAGAUGUUCAUUGCAGAUCCUAACAUUGCCAAGUUGGUCCACUUUCAGGGUUACCCUCAAGCUCUGCUGCCUCUAACUGUGGCAGGCAUCCCCUCCAUCCAUAUCUGUCUGGACUUCAUUCCAGAGCUGCUGGCCCAGCCCCAGUUGGAAAAGCAGAUUUUUGCAAUCCAGUUGCUGUCGUACUUGUGUACCCAGUACGCCCUCCCCAAGUCCCUCAGCGUGGCCAGGUUGGCCAUCAGUGUCAUGGGCACCCUCCUCACAGUGUUGACUCGUCCCAAGCGUUUCUCCUUCUUCAUGCCCAUCUUGCCAUGUCUGGUGGCCUUCUGUCAGGCCUUUCCUCCACUCUAUGAUGAUGUGGCAGCUCUGCUAGUACAAGUGGGUCAAGUUUGUGCUUCUGAUGUUGCCACCAAAGCCAGGGACAUUGACCCUCUCACUGCCCGCCUGCAGUAUCUGAAGGAGAAGCCUCAGGGGGCUGUGGCUACAGGAGGAGGUUCCUCCAAGCUGACUUUACCGCAGAGGACAGCAGAGGAACUGGGUGGAGCUGACCCCGAUGUCCAGCUCUGCUACUGUAUAGAGGCCACCUUUAUGGACAUCAUCAGCUCCACCCUUCAUGGACUAUAGAUUGGACAUACUUAUUGUAGAGGAGGCGGAGGAGUUACUAGACUGCAACCAAUGGCUCUUAACACUGCCUCUGAAUGACAGUCAUACUUCUGAGAGGGCUACUGUCAACACACAUUCAUUCAUCUUUAAUGAACUCUUUCCAAGGGCUUUCAGACAAUGCAGGGUUGUGGGUUACUCAUUUAUGAUGGGAUAUGCUGUACUGUGUAUUGAUUCUAGUCCAUUCAGUCUGGACUAAACUCAAGUACUUAAAAAUGCAUUCUCUAUCAUCAGGCUAGUUUUUGACACCAGAUUUACAGUUUAUUUAGAAAAUGUAUGUGUUCUGUCAGAGUUUAUAGAAAGUAAAUUACUGAAAACGCGAAAAGGGUCCCUUUUCUUGACCUCUGUAGGCAUAUUUUUGUAAACUUUAAGAAUUGUGACCUUUUUUUCAGCAACUGAUAAAGGUAAAUUCUGCCUUGAAAUAAUAUGUAGAGCUUUUCUUUUGUAUUUGUUUGUAAUAAAACAAAGAAACCUUUUCAUUGAUGUUG